CUGGAAUUAUAAACCUCCUCACGGCCUAUUUCACCUCGGCUGAAGUCGCUUACAGAAUGACGACCAUGUAAAAGUUGGUGGCUACGUCUGGCUAGACUCGUUAAUGCUUUCGGAGGGGGGGGUACAUAUUUAAGUCUUGAAUGAGUUCUGUUGGCUGUAGAUCCCCGAGCAGAGACCGUUUUGGGGCAGCAGCAGAGACAGAGCGAGGGAAAACACGGCAAAGACCACAUUUGUUAUCCCGCUCAACAUGAACCUCAUCGGGGGCUACCAGCAUCACCACCACCUGAUGCACGAACCCUUCCCGUUUGUCCAGCGGUGUCACCAGGAUGCGCCGUAUUUCCAGAGCUGGGUGGUGAACCACGGCGAGAUGCCCCCGGACUUCCAGAUCCAGGCGCCCUACCCGGCCGCGGAGCUCGGGGCGCCGGGAGAGACGCACGAUGCCCGGCUGGAGGGGCUCCAGGCGGGGAUGGGGAAGAGGCGAACGUCGGGGCCGAAGAAGGAGCGCCGGCGGACGGAGAGCAUCAACACAGCUUUCGCCGAGCUGAGGGAGUGUAUCCCCAACGUCCCAGCGGACACAAAACUGUCUAAAAUUAAAACUUUACGCCUGGCGACCAGUUACAUCGCCUACCUGAUGGACGUCCUGGCCAAAGACUCCGGGGAGACGGAGGGCUUUAAGGCCGAAAUUAAGAAAUUUGAAAACCGGGAUAUGAAAAGGAAACGGGAGCCGACUGACGGCCUGCAGGAGUCAUUAGGAGCCGAGAAGAAGGUGAAGGGCCGGACCGGGUGGCCGCAGCAGGUCUGGGCUCUGGAGCUCAACCAGUGACACCCCUCCUCCUCUUCCUCCUCCUCUUCCUCCUCAUCCUCCUCCUCAGAGACUCUGGAUUCAAAUCAGAUAAAAAAAAAAAAAAACCACUGACUGACUGAACCUAAACACACCGCUGUGCACGUGCAAUGAUGCGCAAAAAGAGAGAAUUACAAGACAACAAGCAAACGAGGUGACCUACGAAGGGAAAACACCGCGAUGGACUCUUUGUUGAUCUUCUUUUUCUCCCGGUGUGGGUUUCUAACCCGACACACAAAUCCGACUGUAGGUGUUUGAUAUUUGUGGUAUUUCUGCUUUUUGAUGCCCCCCUCUCCCCACCACCACCCCAGGUACUGUAGACCAGAUGUUGC